AUGGGCUGUAUAAAAUAUUUAUUUCUCUUCUGGGUGAUACCCGUUUUUGGUGAUGAAUUCUCGUACACUAUACUCGUCCCACCUGGCAAGGUUGACUGUUAUCAUCACACGAUUGCGUUAGAGAAGUAUCAUUCAUUUGAGGUCGAUUACCAGGUUACUGGAGGUGGUUCAGCAGAUAUAAGUUUCUAUAUCCUUUCACCGAAGGGUGCUCGUGUCGUAUCAGAUAUGAAACGAAACGAUGGAUCACACAGGAUUUUGUUAGAUGAUGCUAGUGCAGGUCGUGGUGAUUAUUCAUUUUGUUUUGAUAAUGCAUAUAGCCUUCGGAGCGAGAAACGUGUGUUCUUUGAAUUUUUUUUGAUGGAUGCAGCUGGGCAGUUUCUUGGUGGUUUUGAUGAAAAAGUUAUAGUUAGUGCUGAAGCUCUUCGAGAACUAGGCACCCACAUCGAUAAUUUUGAGAAAGUAACGACGAAGGUGAAAGAUAACUUGAAUAAGAUUGAACACAUCCAGAGACAGUACUCUUCUCUUGAGCUUGCUGAUAGAACUGCUUUGGAACAGAGUUUCGAACAAAUAAAUUUCUGGAGUACUAUUCAUCUUGGAGUCAUGUUAUUCUCUGUCGUCGUUCAGGUUUCUAUGGUAAGGUCUUUAUUCGAGGAUAAUUCAAGAGUCGGUCGAAUUUUAAGGAAGGGAAGGUUUAACGAUUGA